AUGUUAGACAAUUGUUGUUCUUGGCGUAAUAAAAUACAUGAAGUAUUCAGAGAAGAAACAAGAGUCUUGUUGGACUUGUUUCAUGUGACCCAAAGAAUAACAAAAAAGAGUCAUCCUUUCCAAGCUAAUUGUAAGCACGAGUGUGCUAUGGUGUUCAGACAUAUUGACGAUAGGGGAGAAAAAUGUCAAAAAGAAACGCCACCAAAGGAGAUACUUAUCGAAAAUGUAGACAGUUUCACAGAAAAAUGGAAACACAUUUCAGAAUCUAGUGCAGUGCCACUAUUUCGGGAUUCCUUUGAGAAAGAAGUUGCAAACAUUCGGAAGCAUAUUGAGCUGGGAUGUUUGUCCAACAUACCACCACGGUACACAACAAUUAUCAACGAAAGGCUGCAUGAAAAAAUUAAUAAAUUUUUUGCCCGUGCAAAAAUGGGACCAGAAUUGGCCUUUGCUUUGUUAACUGUUUUCUUUUAUGCAUGGAAUUCACAACAGAAAAAUAAGAUUGGAAUUCCAAUUGUCGAACCCUUGUCACUUCCAACAAACAUUAAAACGGAUAGCACCUUCCGCAUUCAACGCAAGGAACAGUUUGGUAUUGGAGUGAAAGCCUACGUGCAUGUUUCUAAUAACUCUCAGCAUCAACAAGAAACCCUUGAUGAUCAAAGUAAUGAUUCAUUUUCAAAAUUACUUGAACGUGCGAUGUCUAUGUUACAUUUACAUAAUGUCAUAAAAACAUGCAGCAAUGACGGUAGUGAUUUAAACUGGCAGGAUUUAUUUUUUCAUAACGAAAUUCUCAAAUACAUUUACUGUGGUUCUGUAAAUCCAAACAUCGAGCAACAAGCAAAUAAUUGCACAGACAAGCAAUCCAAUACGAAAUUGAUAAACAUAGCUGCAUGUUUUAGAAUGAAAUUCAUUCCCAUGUCGAAGGAGGGAAACUGUUUGUUCAAUGCAGUUGCAUUCAGUAUUUCACAACACUUUUUGCAUGGAACCGGUGAAUACUACAAUUAUUUAGGCAUUAAAUCAACUUCCGAUGUCGAUUUGAUCCCACAAAGGCUUCAAAGUACAAUGACGAACGAACUGAAAACAAACAGGGAGAAGUGCAUGCCGUUUCUACAAAGCAUGAAUGACAAAGAGUAUGAUGACAUGGUGGAAAGAUUUGACAGGCCAGGUGUGUUUGCCAGAGAUAUGGGAGAUUUGAUGGUAAAAGCAUUAGCAAAUGUUCUAAAGACGCAUCUGAUAUUACUAACAAGCUACCAUGUUAUAACCUUAACACCCAACAAAUUCAACAAAGUAGGGGACAAAAUAUUUAUUACAUUCUCACCGGACGGACCUGGACACUAUGACACUCUUCAAGAACUAGAAACAACCCAAGAAGAUGAAAAGAAUGCAACGGAAAAAGAAAAUAAAUGCACCUGUGGUAUGAACAGGAAAGCUUUGAAAUCAAAGGAAAACUGCAAGGAUAGCAAGAUGGAAUCUGGUCGGACUUACUCAUCUUGCUGUCCUUGUCUACGUGCCAAGAAGGUUUGUGCAGAGUUGUGCAAAUGCAAAGAAUGCAGCAAUCCGUUUGGAAUGAAAAUACUUGUUGAAAAGAGUGGUAAACCUAAAACAAGAUGA